AUGUUAGAAGCUGAAAAUAUGGCUUUUAAUGAAAAUGAAGCAAUUACAAAUGAUAGAAUCAAUAAAAAUUUAAUUACUGAUGCUUCCAAUAAUAUACACCCACAAAGGGAUAAUAAUUCAAAAUGGGAACUGUGGAAUUUAUUCAUUGUAGAUCUACAACUACCAUAUUAUAGACUUAGUCCAGUUGCCAACACUGGUUAG